AUGUGCUUGGGAGGUGCCCAUCAAAAGGAAGAUAUUACGUCGUGCAGGACCCAGGUUUUACUAAAUGGGCGACCAUCUGUGAAUUUCGACGCUUGCCAAAAUGCAAUUAAAGUGAGCAACCUUGGAGAUCAUGUCUUCAAGAGAGAGGCAGAUGACGAUAGAAUCGGUAUGUCCAUAGAAGACAAUGAAUUUCUUGACCUUAUGAAUCAUGAGAUGGAGAAAGACAAGGGAGGUAAUUGGGAAGCCCCAUUGCCAUUUCGGUUCAACAGAAGUGUUUUACCCAACAACAAGAGUCAAGCAGAAAGCCGAAUGAAAUCCUUGAUCCGAACACUGGAAAAGAAGCCUGUUAUGAAGACUCACUACUUUGAAUUCAUGGAAAAAAUUCUUCAAAAGGGACAUGCAGAACGUGUUAAUGAUUCUCCGAACAGUGACAAAGAGUGCUGGUACCUGCCCCAUUUUGGUGUUUACCAUUCACAAAAACCAGAGAAGAUCCGAGUGGUGUUUGAUUCCAGCGCAGAAUUUCAAGGCAUUUCUCUGAAUAGUGUGCUGUUGAGUGGACCCGACUUGGUAAACCAACUACUCGGCGUCUUAAUAAGAUUCAGAGAAAAUCCAGUAGCUGUUAUGGCAGAUGUAGAACAAAUGUUCUAUGCAUUCAAAGUUAAGGAACAACAUCGAGACUACCUGAGAUUCUUAUGGUUUGAAGACAAUGACCCAGAUGCGAACCUGGUAACCUACAGAAUGAAGGUACAUAUAUUCGGUAAUAGACCUUCACCAGCUGUUGCCACGCUGGGAUUGCGCAGGACCGCUAAAGAAAGAGAAAGUGAAUUUGGAAGUGAUGCAAGGGCCUUUGUAGAAUCAAACUUCUAUGUAGACGAUGGUUUGAAAUCGUUUGCAUCAGCCAGAGAAGCUGUUGAUUUGCUGACACGUACCAGAAACAUGUUAGCUACAGCCAACAUUAAACUACACAAAAUAGCGUCAAACGAUAAAGAAGUUAUGGCAGCCUUUGCUCCUAGUGAUCUUGCACCAAAUGUUCAAGAAGUCGAUCUUGGGUCAGACGCACCGGUUAUGCAAAGAUCAUUGGGAGUGUAUUGGGAUAUGAGGUCUGACACCUUUACGUACAAAAUAUUACAAGCAAAUGGCGAACCAAGUACCAAGAGGGCUGUCUUGUCAGAAAUUAACAGUGUGUACGAUCCCUUGGGCUUUGCAGGGCCGGUCAUCAUAGAAGGCAAGAUGCUACUAAGAGAAAUAAUAGGAGAAAACAAAGUCGGAUGGGACGAGCCUUUGCCACAGCAACCUCUAGAAGCUUGGAAGAAAUGGAGAUCAUCCAUAAAUGAACUCUCGCAAGUCAACAUUCCAAGAGCUUACACUCCAUUUCCAGCUAAGGAGGCAGUACGUCGUGAACUUCAUAUAUUUGGCGACGCAUCCAGCCGAGCAAUCAGUGCUGUCUCGUAUCUCAGAAGUGUAAACAAGUCUGGAAAGCCUUAUGUGUCAUUUGUGCUAGGGAAGUCAAAACUGGCACCUAAGGCGGCUACAACAAUACCACGUAUGGAGUUGUGUGCGGCUGUGCUGGGUACAGAAGUUUCAGAGUUAGCCGUAACAGAAUUAGAUCUCAAGAUAGAUGCAGUGUACUUUUACACUGAUAGCAAAGUGGUAAUGGGCUAUAUCACCAACAGGACACGUAGAUUUUAUCUUUACGUGUCGAACAGAGUUGCAAGGAUCCUCAGGGUUAGCAAACCUGAAUACUGGAAGUACAUACCCACUGCUAUGAAUCCAGCUGAUGUAGGAAGCAGAUCAAUCAAGGCGAAAGACCUACAAAAUUCGCCGUGGUUACAAGGACCAACAUUCCUACAUAAGUCGUCAUUACCACCCAGUUUAGAAACCGACGAAACGAAUUAUGAUGACGACCUGGACAAUGAUCCAGAAGUGAGAAACACUGUGUCCGCAUAUGCUACCGAAGUCGAGAUGACUGGUGUACUGGAAUCUCAUCGGUUUAAUAGAUUCUCUAGUUGGUUAAAGCUGUUACGAGCAAUUGCAAGUUUAAUAUUGCUUGCAAACAAGAGUAAACGCAAGGCAAAUGUGAUAAGUGACAAAGACAGGCAUGUAAAACGGCAUGUCCUUGUGUUCAAGUCACUUACAAUAGGGUACGAGCGGCUUUAG